AUGGACAAUCAGAGCUGUGCAUCCGAGUUCCUCCUCUUGGGGCUCCCCAGCUGGACAGAGAAACAGGACCUAUAUUAUGCCCUUUUCCUAUCCAUGUACCUGACCACAGUGCUGGGGAACCUGCUCAUCAUCCUGCUCAUCAGGCUGGACUCCCGCCUCCACACCCCCAUGUACUUCUUCCUCAGCCACCUGGCUCUCACUGACGUCUCUUUCUCUUCAGUGAUAGCCCCAAAGAUGCUCUUCAAUAUGCAGACACAGAGCCAAUCCAUCUCUUAUGCUGGUUGUGUUUCCCAGAUGUAUUUCUUUGUAUUUUUUGGAGAUAUUGACAGCCUCCUUCUCACCUCUAUGGCCUAUGACAGGUACGUGGCCAUCUGUCACCCCCUCCACUACACCACCAUCAUGAGUCAGAACCUGUGUAUCCUGCUGGUCACUGUGUCCUGGGUUCUAUCCUGUGCUAGUGCCCUUUCCCAUACCCUGCUUCUGAUCCGGCUCUCUUUCUGUGGAGACUAUGUUGUCCCCCACUUCUUCUGUGACCUCUCUGCCUUACUUAAGCUGUCCACCUCAGACACCACAGUCAAUGACCUGGCUAUCUUCACUGUGGGCACAGUCGUGAUCACUGUACCGUUCAUAUGCAUCCUGGUCUCUUACGGUCGCAUUGGGGCCACCAUCCUGAAGACCCCCUCUGCAAAGGGAAUAUUCAAAGCCUUUUCCACAUGUGGGUCACACCUCACUGUAGUUUCUCUCUACUAUGGGUCAAUUAUUGGACUCUACUUUUUUCCCUCAUCCAAUCACUCUAAUAACAAGGAUGUCAUAGUUGCUAUAUUGUACACCUUUGUUACUCCCAUGUUGAACCCUUUUAUCUACAGCCUGAGGAAUCGAGAUAUGAAAGGAGCACUAAGAAACAUUUUCACUAAGAAGAUCUCACUUAAUUCCUGUUUAACUAUGGGACUGAAAUUUUACCAGAGCAGACUUUUAUUGAACCAGAAUACUCUGAGAACAGGAACGGGCAUUGCAAAAAUUUUUUCAAACGGCCCGACUUGGUUCAUGGUUUCUGCUUAUGAGAUUGUGUUCAUUCUGAAUGGUCACAUAAUAUCUUGA